AUGAACUUUAAAAAAUCAAAAUUCCGCCCUUUUCAGAUCGAGCAAUACGAGAAGCAGGCCAGAGAAGAAUGGGAGGCUGAAAAUGCGGAAAAAGCCAAGGCGAGACCUGCUCAGACCGGAGCCACUGGAGAUGAAGCUCAAGUGAAUUUCUCCUGAUUUUCCUGGAUUUUCUGAUUUUUCAGGAGGAAAAUGGAGAAGAAACAGCUUCCGGAGCUUCUCAAAUUGUAACUUCAACGGCAAUUGAUCCAUGGACCUUGUUGGAUCCGGUCGAUGUCACGGCAAAUGUCCCGAAAACCGUUGAGACUCAGGUUUUCCUACUUUCUAUCCAGUUUAGAAGCUUGAAAAUCAUUCGAAGCUUCAAAAAAUAUUUCAUUUUAAGCAAUAAAAUCAUCAUAUGAAGCUUGAGAUCUCAUUAAAACUCUUACUUUUUCAAAAAAAAACUUCAAAUUUGAAGAAAUAUGUGCUUUGGAUCAGUUUCCCGCAUCACGGCGUUUUUUGGCCCGCCCAUAUUUUUUUUUUCCCGUAAAGUGUAGUGUGUCGUGUGCAUACACUGCGCCGUUCUCGCACAUACCGUGUUUAAACAAUUUUCGCGAAAUUCGAAAUACUAUCUGAAUUUCUGAAAUUCAGUUAUAUUUUUCACUUUCUGGUGGCUAUUUUGCAUUUCGCGUUUCAUGUGUUCAAAAAAAAAAAAACGGAAAAAAAUCGCGUUUUUUUAAAUGAGAAGUAGAUUCGUCUCAUGACCCAUUGAACAUGCGCCUUUAAUAUUUCCUGUUUUUUUCCCAUGACGUCACAUGGGAACGGCGGUGAUUUUGACCACGCCCCCUUCAUUUUUUUGAUUUUGCAUUUUCUUCCACUAACUUUCCUAAUAAGGUAGAAAAAAAUUGAAAGACAAAAAAAGGAUUUAAUUAGGGGUUUUUUUGUUAGAAAGUUAUUAUCUAAUUUUUUUGACUAAUUCAUCCCUAAAACUGGAAGUUUUAAGGAACUUUCAAGUAGUUUUUUUAUAUUGAACUAUUUUUGAGUUUUUUUAGCCUUUAGCUUCACUCUUAACGAAACACCUUGUUUUCAUAGAUUUUUAAAACCCCAAAGAAUUUUUUUAAAGCUCAAAGAAAAUACCUCUAUCUUCCAGUUGGUCGACAAGAACUGGAAAGAGCGCCUCGAGGGCUGUGAAACCCUGAAAAAAGCUGUCGAUGCUGUGGGUCGCUGUGAAAUCAGCGAAAGGACUAGAGAAAUCGCCGUCGUUUUGGUCAAGGUAAGAAGACGGGAAAAAAAACUUGAAGUCAUUUGUUUCGUCGUUUUUUUAUUCCAUCACACAAGGCAGUUUUUGUGAGAAAUAUGGAAGUUCUUCGUGGGUCUGCCUUAGGAUUUCUGACAAAUUUGUAUUUUUGGAGUUCUGAAUUUUCAUAGUUGGCUUUUGUCAUAGAAAAAAGUUUGCUCUAAUUCUUCGCAACUUUAAAAUUUCAUCCUUGCACAUUUUUAAGUACACCAUAAGUUCGAAAAACUCGACCUUCAUGUAAAAAAAUUUUUCUGACGGUUUUUUUGUCAAGUCCCCCCAUUUUCUCGUGCCAAGUCCGCCCCCCUUCCCCUUCAUUUUUUUCAGGACUUUCCCAUGUAUGCUUGGUAAAGGAAAAAAGAAUUUCAGGGUUUUUAAGGAGUUUCAAUUAGGGAAAAAAACAGUGAAAGUUCUUAAAAAUCUCUUUUUUUGGGACUUUGGUAAGAAAAAUCUCAGCAAAGAUUUAAAAAGUUUCAGUCAAGGUCCACUUUAUCAGAACUUAUUUGAUUUCUCCAACAGAUCAUCGAAAAAGACGUCAACGUCAAUGUCGCCUCCUGUGCUGCCGAAGUACUUGCAGGACUAGCCGUCAAGGCCAGAUUUUCCUUUUCUCCCAUUGCUAUCCGGGUAUAACAAUCAAUUCAUAAAAUAUACUUGAAAAAAUCGAUUUUCCAGCUUUUCCCCGUGUCUUUCGACAAGUUGAAAGACAAGAAGCAGGUUUUGCGAGACGCUUUGAAUUCAUUAAUCGAUUCGGCCGCUACUACGGUUUUUUUCAAAGUAGAAAUAAAAGAAAAAGAAUUUUUGUUUCAGACAACUCUGACGAAUUAUACAGAGGCCCUGAGUGCCGCCUUGACCGGGAAAAAUCCGCAGACGAGGGCUCAAACUGCCGCUUUUUUGGCCAGGUUUGCAGGGGGGAAUCGAAAAUUUUCAGAGAUCUUAAAAAAAUGGAGAUUUUUUUCCAGAAAGUUUUGAGUAAGAAACUCACUCAUUUAAACUAUUUUUCACUAAAAAAUGACAGAACAUUUCCUUCAGAGUCAUCGCCAAGAACGACUCGACGACGAUGGACAUCGACGGCCUGAAAGCCCUGAUCGAAGCCGUCUCCAAGGCGGCCAACGACGCUGACAAAGACGUUCGCGAAGAAACGCUGCGAAUCGUCGCCGCGACGAGCAAAUGCGUCGGCGACAAAAUCGCCCAACGCCUCUUCUCCGAAAUCUUCGAGGACAAACUCAAGGCCGACAGGGUUUUCAGCACGGCUUUUCAUAAGAAAAAUCAGUUUUUAGAUCCCCCAAAUGGUCGAGGAACUCGAAAAGACCUAUGGUAAGAUAGCCAGCGAGGAGAUGAAACGAUUAGCGGAGAAUAGCGGCGUCGGAGGUGGUCCAGCUCCUUCGAAAAAGCCGACUUCGGCUGCGGCGCCGGUGAAGAAGGCGGUUCCCUCGGCGGCGGUCGCUCCGAGACCUCGGCCAGCUCCUCCAGCGGCUCGACCAGCUCCUCCGAAGCCGGCGGUUGCUCCUUUCGUAGCUCGUCCAGCUCCUCCAAAGCCAGUAGUUGCCGCAGCUCGUUCAGUUCAAGUCCGACCCAAGCCAGCCCCGACUCCAGUCAGAACCGCUUCCUCGUCUUCCAUGAAGCCUCUCCCAAGAGUCGCCGGCCUUUCUUCGAAGCCGAUAGUCACGCCGAACGUCGUCCAACGACCCACUUCUGCUCCGAAACCGGCCUUGUCCAGACCGACCAGUGCUUCUCGACCGGCUUUCGUCGCGAGACCUGCUCCGAAAUUCGCCGCGAUCACCUCGAAGAUCAACAACGUCGGAACUUCGAUCAGCUCGUCUAGACCUGCUCCGAAUGGUAUGCAGAAUAUCAUGGGGCUUGCAAGUUUGAGAAUAUCAUAUAUGGGAAGACCAUUUUCAAAGGUGGCUUCUUAAGUUUUCAUGAAUUAGUACUUUCUCCUGAACUUACUAUCAUUUUAGUCACACCGGGGCUUGAAAUCUAGUUUUAAUCUCUAGUUUUUUCAAAAUUUUUGAAAUCAGCUCUUCCUCCUGGAGUUCGGUACUUGGUCAUUCAAAAAAGAUACAUAGUCUAUCCAAAGUAAUUUUUUUUGGGUUUGAAGAGAUACAGACACUUCAAAGAACUGUUAGGACACUUUUUGAAUCCGCUCUAUGCUCCUUUAAACAUGUGAGAGAGGUUCUUUGAAUCCCUAAAAUGAAGCAAAAAUCUAUAAGUUCAAAAAUUCAAGUGUCCAACUUCUUGAAUGUUUGCCUCUUCUUCUUUUUUUCUACGGAUUUCAAUUUUUUUGGUUUUUUUAAAAUAUAAAAUUCUCGGUCCAAAAUUUGCGAAUUCUCAUGAAUUUAGGGGAAAUUGGCAUGUUGCCCUCAAGGUCAAUUUUUUGAACUUUUAAAACGAUAUUUUAAAAUUAAUUUUGCCCUUUUUUUGACUUUUAAGGAAGCGUUUUUUGUGAUCCAAGCCCUUAGGAAGGUUUUUCAAGUUAUAAGAUGAAAAAAGGCGAAUUUUGUAACCGAAAUUUGAGAGUCGCAUCAAAAUUGGAAGCUUUCAAGAAGAAGAACUACAUGAGAACGGCUGAAAAAGCCGAGUAAAUGAGUGAAAAAGACAAAAAUCCAAGAAGAUGACAAUGCAUUUUCACCAUUUAUAUAUAUUUGUUUGAAGGAUUUGUAAAAUUGUUUUUUAUGUAGCCCUUUCCGCGCCAGCUUGUCACGUUUUUGUUCCCGCCAAAAAGACCGUAUACCAAAUUAGAUCAAAUUUCUGCCUUUAUAACGGCAAGAAACAAUGGUCUUGAAGCGAAAGUUGGUUAAAUUUGACCUGGCCUUUUGCUGGCGCGAAAUGGCCUAUACCCUUGAUUUCCUAAUUUUCUCAAUGUUAAUCAGAUCUGGGCGCCUACUUUUAUUUUUUGUUACUGUAGGGACCACUAGCAUGCUUUCCUAGAGUGGUCCCUUCUGCAAGCUUUAGAGCUCCUUAUAGGGGAAGUAAAAUGGACGCUACAGUGGAGUCUACAAGAGCCACCAAGGUAGCCCCUAUAGAGAUCACUCUGGCUUUCAUAAGUAUCCAAACUCCAUAAGAAGCUUGAAAUAAUGAAAAAAAUUACUGAUUUUUUGACUUGAAUCUUUUUUCAGUCGUUAAAAACUCAACUUUGGAAGGUGCCACUCAGAGAGCUUCUUCAGCGGCGGCGACGGUGAAAUCAAUUCAUUUUCCAUUUCUGAACUUUUUCUUAAUUUCAGACUCGUUAUAAUCGUCCAAAUGUUGUCACGACCACUACGACUACGACUGUGGUACUUUAAAUAAUCUUCGAAAAAUAUUGAGAAUUUCUAAUUUCAGAAAACUAUGGCAGAUGAUGGUAUAAUCAAGAGGCAGCCGCUUAAAAUCGCUCGUCAGUUUGAAAUUUGAAAUUUUGGAAUUUUACUGGCCUGUCUGCGCUCUCCUCUCUCUCACCGAAGCUCGUUUCAUUCCCUAACCUUAUAAGUGAGAGAAAAGAGAGCGCAGACAGGCUUGAUGCCAAGCAAAGCUAGUUUGCCGCGAAGGGGUUUCUCUAGGGCUGCUAAGUCUUCUUAAGUGAAUACUUCCGUAUUAUUUAACGGGUUUUCUCAAAUUCUACCAAUCAAUACUUGGGUUCGAAAAUUGGUUAUAGCCUCGGACCUUAGUGGCCUCUAUAGCCGCGUCAAAACUCUUAAGUGAUCACUAGGAGUGUCCAAAAACGUUCGGGGCGCGUCCGUUCGUCUGCGAGGUCUUAGGGAUCACUUAAGGGUUCUGACACCGUUAGAGUGAUCACUAUAAGUGCUCAGAUGAGUCCGGUCGUGAGAUCUAUAGGGAUCACUGAAGGGUUCUGACACCGCUAGAGUGAUCACUAGAAUGGCUCAGAUAAGUCCGGUCGUUCCCGAGGUCUAUAGGGAUCACUUAAGAGUUUUGACACCGCAAAAGUGAUCACUAGAAGUGCUCAGAUAAGUGCGGUCGUUACCGAGCUCUAUAUGGAUCACUUAAGGGUUCUGACACCGCUGGAGUGAUCACUAGAAACGCUCGAAUAAGUCGGGUUCGCGAUACCAAGGACUAUAGGGAUCGCUUUAGAGUUUUGACACCGCUAGAGUGAUCACUAGAACUUCACAGAAACGUCCGGGGCGCGUCCGGUCGUUAGUGAAGUCUAUAGGGAUCACUUAAGAGUUUUGACACCGCUAGAGUGAUUACUAGAAGUGCUCAGAUAAGUCCGGUUUGCGUUGCCGAGGUCUAUAAGGAUCACUUAAGGGUUUUGACAACAAGCUGUGCGAUAGAGCACACAAGUCAGAACUGUGUGUAGUCCACAACGGAAAAAUUUCCAGCAGCUCCAGCGGGAGCCGCACCAACUCGAUCGGCCCUCCCGACAGGAGUCCGACUUCCCUCGGCCCGUCAACAUUCCCUGACCAAGUUCGACCCUCAACUCAAACGCUCCCUCUCCAACCUGACCGGCAUCCCGAAACCGAUUUCACGUACACCCUCCCAGCAAAAAGUCGGCCAGCCUUUUCCUGAUCUGAAGCUGAACAAACUCAAGUUGUCCAACGGCAGCUUGGGACCGAUUGAAUGA